CAGCGGACGGACCGGCUCGUUUUAUGGAGUUUCGAAGGGGACAUAUGUUUUGAGAGUUUCUCCUCGAGGCUGGUUGAACCAAAACAUGGCGAGCUUUACAGCAUUUCUGAGCACAACGCUGAUCUUCUUGGUGUCCCGGUCGUGUCCGGUGCGCGGUGACAUAACGGACGGAAACACGGAGCACCUGAAGAGGGAGCACUCGCUAAUGAAACCGUACCAAGGUGUCGGCAGCAGCCCCAGCAGUCAGUGGGACUUCUGGGGAAGCACGUUGGUGACGAGCUCGUACGUCCGACUCACUCCGGAUGAGAAAAGCAAGCAGGGAUCCAUCUGGAACACGGUGCCGUGUCACCUGAAGGACUGGGAGAUGCACGUGCACUUCAAAGUGCACGGGUCCGGGAAGAAGAAUCUCCAUGGCGACGGCAUCGCCGUCUGGUACACAAAGGACAGACUGCAUCCAGGCUCUGUGUUUGGAAGCCAAGAUCAGUUUCUUGGCCUGGCUUUGUUUGUGGAUACCUUCCGCAAUGACCUCCAUGGGAUGGAUCGCUCCUUCCCGUACAUCUCCGCCAUGGUGAACAACGGCUCGGUGAACUACGACCACGGCAAAGACGGCCGGGCGUCCGAGCUCGGCGGCUGCUCGGCCGAGAUCCGGAACCGGGAGCACGACACGUACCUCGCCAUCCGCUACUCCAGAGGAAGGCUCACCGUGAUGAUCGACGUGGAGGACAAGAACGAGUGGAAGGAGUGCAUCGACAUCGGAGGGGUUCGUCUGCCCACCGGAUAUUUCUUUGGAGCCUCCGCGGCGACCGGAGAUCUGUCAGAUAACCACGACAUCAUUUCGAUGAAGCUCUACCAGCUGAUGGUGGAACACACCCCCGAGGAGGAGAACCUGGACUGGACCAAGAUCGAGCCCAGCGUCAGCCUCCUCAAGUCCCCCAAAGACAACAUCGACGAUCCCACCGGAAACUUCCGAGGAACGCCGCUCACCGGCUGGAAGGUGUUCCUGCUGCUGCUGUGCGCCCUGCUGGGCAUCGUGGUGUGUGCUGUGGUGGGAGCUGUGGUGUUCCAGAAGAGGCAGGAGAGGAACAAGAGGUUUUACUGAGAGGAGGAGGAGGAGAACGAGGAGGAGAACCUUCUCAAGAGAGGCGUUGGUUCUGGAACAAACUGUUUUCGGAUGUGACGGCGGAUUCAAUGUGAAUUAUUUUCUUACGAUUGUACAAAUGUUUAUAUCUUUUUUGGAGGCGUUUGGAGGUGAAGUGGCGGCGACACACCAAACGACCAACCGGUGGCGAGCGAUGUGAUUGGCCCGGAUCGAUGCUGUAUUUGUUCUCCCGUGCAUCCAUUAGUUUCAGGGUUAGAAUAGACGUGACGAGUCCCUAAAGGUCAUGAAAUGUUUUACCUGGUUUACACGAGUAUCUCCACACACACACACACACACACACACACACACACACACGACAUUGGACGCCGCCCACAUUCAAACUGAAUGGAACUGUUUUGUUUGUUUGUUUUUGUUUUAGCAACACUUGCUAUGAUGUGAAUUUCCGCUUCAUCCUGUGUUCAUUAAAACAGCGCAGGGAUUAAUUUGAUGAUAUCUCUUUUCCGUGUUUCCGUCGCUUGUUGGGGAUUUUAAACUAUAACUCAGAAUCAGGUCGCUGCUGAGCGUCUUUGGCCGUCCAGGGUUUUAAAUGAUGGGAAAGGUAUUCUCAUCAAAAUCCGCUGUUUUGUUUCCCGUUUAACCACUUGAGUCGCACCUCGGCAUCAAACUUCACCUGUCAGCACUUUGACGUCUUCGGCCCUAAUUUUCAAAUCGUGGAGUUUGAUUUUUUUUUUAUAUUUAAAAAUAAGAAAAUAUAUAUUCUUUUUUUAUUGA